ACCAAUCCCUGCAUUCGGCGACCAAAUAGAGUUUAAAAACAGACUGGAACUGUCGUUAGUUUUGCUAGUGCGUAGAACUGAAUCUCAAAAUGGGCCUUAAAGGUUGUGAAGUGCAGUUGGACAAUCCCUGGAACACGUACUAUGCCGGGCAGACUCUCAACGGACAGGUUAAAUUCACAUUCGACUCGCCGAAAAAAGUGCGAGGCAUCAUCAUUCGCUUCCUGGGCGAGGCUAAUACGGAGUGGACCGAGGAGCGCUCUGUGACCAGCAGUGAGGGGAAGACAGAGAAUGAGACUACCGUGCUAAAGGGUCAUGAGGAGUACUUCAAGAUUCAGUACUAUUUAUUGGGCGGAAAAAACAGUUCCGAAACGGAAUUGCCGCCUGGCACCCACACUUAUCCUUUCACCUGCGCCCUGCCGGCCACUUUGCCCUCUUCCUUCGAGGGUGAGUUCGGCCAUGUGCGCUACACCAUCAAAGUGACCCUGGAUCGACCCUGGAAGUUUGACCAGGAUAUGAAGAUGGCAUUUACUGUUAUUGCCCCGGUUGACCUGAAUCUCAAUCCACGCGUCAAGGAGCCAUUCAAGCUUGAAUUGGAGAAGGCCUUCUGCUGCUUCUGUUGUCGUUCGGGACCGUUGACCGUAAUAACGAGCAUACCGCAGACAGGUUAUGUUUCGGGACAGAUUCUGCCCAUCACCUGUGAGGUGGACAAUGCCAGCAACGUGAAUCUCACUGCUGUAAAGUUCGAGCUCCGAAAACUGGUCACUUUCCACACAAACCAGCCGCGUAGCGAAAAACGAGAGUCAAAGGUCAUUAUCGCCAAUCUAAGUGUCGGCCCCGUCAACGGAGGUGACUCUCACACGUUCACGCAACAGCUGGAGAUUCCGGCGUUGCCGCCGACCAACCUUCUCAACUGUGGCAUCAUCGCACUUGACUACGAUCUGCAUGUAGAAUGUGAUGUUAGUGGUCCACAUCGAAAUCUCACUGGCAAGAUACCUAUUACGUUGGGCACUAUCCCACUAUCGGGCGUGAAGCCGCUGGGACCGCCGGCUGGCCAGUCCGACGAUCCUUCGCUGGCACCUACCCAACCUGUUAGUCCGGCUAGUCCACCUGCGGGCGAUGGUGUGGGAGGAGCUUUGGGCUGGAACGUAGCUGACAGCACUGGAGGAGGUGGUGCUUUAUAUCCCAAUAUACCGCCCCCGCAGUUUGUGGAGACCCAGUACCGGGCGCCGACCAUUGCCGGACGUGAUGACUCGGAGCACACUCAGAUUAUCGGCGACGGAAACUUUGCUCCUCGCUACCCAACCUUCCAGUUCAACAAUGCUACUGCGCCGCCAGCAAAUCACUAAAAGAAUCUCCAAAGUAGACUCACGCAAUGAUAUUAAAUUUUUUCAUAAUUAUUAAAUCACAAGAUUCGACUAUAUGGAUUUCAA